GCCGCCCCUCUUCCCUCAGGCGGAGCUCAUUCCCGGGGAUUGGUUUCCAAUGACGCCAUCGCUUUUAUUUUUACACCGAUGACCUCAUCCCCGCGGCAGCGGCAGCAGCAGCAGCCUGCAAGUUGACUGACCAGCCAAACUCUUCUCUCCCCCCUCCCUCCCCCCUCCCCGUUUGUUUUGUUCCCCACAUUCAGUUAUUAAACGUGUUGGCUCCCCCUUUCCUAUGAGCCGCGGCUUUGGAGAAAGCGACCGGGCGACGGGUUCCCCGGCUCCCCCCGAGUCAUCUUCAGUGAGGAAGAAAGAGCUCGCAGCGCUUCCUCCCUCGCCUUCCUCCUCCUCCUGCUGCCCUCUUUCUCUCAGCGGAGAGGGGGGUCCCGCUCCCCCCGAGGAGGCUCCGAAGCGCCGCCUGGCAGAGUCAGAAGAGGCUGAGGGCAGCUGCCAGUUUAGAAAGAGGGAAAAAAGCUCCUAGUCCACUCUAAAAGCCGAUGAUGUGGGAACAAAGGUAAAGAAUGAUGUAAUGGCAGGACCAGUCGAAAAGCAGCUUUUGUUUGAGUUGUGAAAUGGCUACUCUAUAGCCCAGGAUGAAUGGGUUGUGAGGGGCUGCUUUAGCAAGCCCUAUAUAACCAGAAUAUCAACUGGGAGCCGGACGGGGCAUUCAUCUUUGGAGGACCCUCUCAAGAGAAAAUGGGUCUAACUUUUCUCUUGCCAGUCACUGCCAGUAUGACCUCAUAUACUGAGUACAAUGGAAUGGCUAAGCCUUUAAGUCCAUAGCCAUUACAUCACCUUCUUCAUCUCUGCUGCAAAUUGGAGAGGAAAAAGAAGGCAGUGGCAAAAGAAGGGCCUCUGCUGUUGUCAUGGCUGAUGAGAUGAAUGGUACUCAGCUGAUAGUUGGUGAGAGGCUGGUGGCUUUGCUGGAAAGCGGCACAGAAAAAUUGCUGGUGAUUGACAGCCGCCCCUUUGUGGAAUACAAUACAUCACACAUCUUGGAUGCCAUCAAUAUCAACUGCUCCAAGCUCAUGAAGCGAAGGCUGCAACAAGAUAAAGUGCUGAUCACUGAGCUCAUCCAGCAUUCUGCAAAGCACAAGGUUGAAAUUGACAGCAAGCAAGAAGUUGUGGUGUAUGACCAAAGCUCAAAUAAUGUGGCUUCUGUUUCAUCUGACUCAUUCCUCACUGUCCUGCUGGGAAAACUGGAGAAAAACUUCAGCUCUGUUCACCUGCUUGCAGGUGGAUUUGCUGAAUUUUCCAGUUGUUUCCCUGGCCUUUGUGAAGGAAAAUCUAUUCUGGUGCCUUCUUGUAUUUCUCAACCCUGCUUACCAGUCUCCAACACUGGGCCAACACGGAUUCUUCCUCACCUUUACCUUGGGUGCCAGCGGGAUGUCCUCAACAAGGAGCUGAUGCAGCAGAACGACAUUGGCUACGUAUUGAACGCCAGUAAUACUUGCCCCAAGCCUGACUUUAUCCCGGAAUCCCACUUCUUAAGAGUGCCUGUGAAUGACAGCUUCUGUGAGAAAAUCUUUCCGUGGUUGGACAAGUCUGUGGAUUUUAUAGAAAAGGCAAAAGCCUCAAACGAUCGUGUCCUAGUCCACUGUUUAGCUGGGAUAUCUCGCUCUGCCACCAUCGCUAUUGCAUAUAUAAUGAAAAGAAUGGAUAUGUCAUUAGAUGAGGCCUACAGAUUCGUAAAAGAGAAGAGGCCAACAAUUUCUCCCAACUUCAACUUCCUUGGCCAGCUUCUAGACUUUGAGAAGAAAAUCAAGAACCAAAGUGGCCAAUCUGGAUCCCUUAGCAAACUGAAGAUUAUGCAUUUGGAAAAAAGCAGUGAUCAUGGACUGAGACUGGACAGCGGGCAGAGCAGCAGCAGCCUUUCCUCUUUCCCGCUCUGUGCUACAUCUACCUCGGAGACUGUGGAGCAAAAGCCAGUGGAAUCUGGAAACCACCCAAGUUCCCCUUUGCUAUCAUCAGAGGACAGCCCAUUGGUACAAGGCAUAAUUGGACUAAACAUAUCCUCGGACAAAGUUGAAGACAAUAACAGGCUAAAGCGGUCGUUUUCCUUGGAUAUAAAAUCUGUGUCAUGUGUGGCAACCAGCACCUGUGUUGCUGCUUCAGGAGAGGGCUACCCCUCCUUGGAGGACACACUGGAAUAUUACAAGCAUUCAGCCACCUUGGAAGGUGGAGCCAAACUAUGCCAGUUCUCCCCUGUUCAGGAGGUCUCAGAACAGACUCCUGAAAGCAGCCCCGAUAAAGAGGAAGCAAAGCUUCCAGAGAAGUCCCAGAAUACCUGGCUGCUGGACAGCCACAGCAAAUGGCAGCACUUGGGGAGAACCGCUAGCACCACCCAGAGGUCACUCUUGUACCCACUGCAUCGAAGUGGCAGCAUGGAAGACAACUAUAAAACUAACUUCCUCUUUGGCCUUUCCACCAGCCAGCAGCAUUUGGCAAAGUCUGCUGCUGGGCUGGGCCUGAAGGGCUGGCACUCAGACAUCUUAGCCCCACAGGCUUCCGCGACACCUUUGGCUAACAGCUGGUAUUUUGCUACGGACACCUCUCGCUUUUACUCUGCAUCGGCUAUAUAUGGGAGCAGCACAGCCUACUCUGCCUAUAGCUGCAGCCAGCUGCCCACGGGGUGUGAGCAAGCCUAUGCCGUUCGCAGGAGGGAGAAGCAUGGAGACAGGGGGGACUCGCGGCGCAGCUGGCAUGAGGAGAGCUCCUUUGAGAAGCAGUUCAAGAGAAGGAGCUGCCAGAUGGAAUUUGGGGAAAGUAUCAUGUCCGAGAACAGGUCCCGAGAGGAACUUGGGAAAGUGGGCAGCCAAUCUAGCUUCUCAGGCAGCAUGGAGAUUAUUGAAGUAUCUUGAAGCUCUAUUCUAAGAUUUACAUUUCUCCCUUUCUUCUGUGUCAAACAAUUCCCUGUAAAUCUGAAAUUUGAAAAGAAUGCAAAUUGUGUGGCUUCAAUGUGAAGGAA